AUGCAGAGACUACUAGCAGAGGCGCCUCACCCGAUAUUGGUUUUCCCCAUUUUUGAUUCUGCAUCAAUUUCACGAAUUUCACUUCCACAAGGACCUGUCCCUUGCCGCCCAGACCUCCAAAACUCAGUCUCUCACAAACCGGGGCUGAAACAAAACCAGGAGAAUGGGCUUGACUUUGAUGAAGAGGACGGAGUGGGAAUCGAGGUCGUAGAAGCAGAGGCGAAGUACAGCGAGGUUGGAGGAGAGCUCGGCGUUGGUGCCGUCGGAAAACACGUUUUCCUGAAAUGGGUCUUGCGGUGGAGGCGGGAGAGGAUGGUGGAGAGGCGUUGGAGGGAAGUGGAAUCUGGUAGUCGGAGCUUUACUUCACCUUCCAUUUCCCAGUGGCAGUUGGCAGAGGUGAGGAGUUGA